AAGUUUGACUCUCUAUAUUUUUCGUUUCGAAUAUUUUUUUUAAAUCACGUUGUGCUCGGAUUUAUGUUAAAUUUUGUUCCCAAGAAAUGCUGAUGCUGUCGGCCUUUAUGUUGACCCCAACAGCAAUGAUCCUGUACCGUUGAAUACCCGGUUGCUUUUGACGGCAGGUCAACGGGUUGGCCCAAUUGGUCGAUGGCCCGGGCCAACGGUCCUUUAAUGUUGUUCCUACUUUUGGCGGGAAAAUUCCCACCUAAUUUUUUGAUCUGUUCCCUACCAUUCCAAAGUUAUUUGGUUGGGGCCGUCAGUCAUCCCGUCGAAACCCCAACGAUGGAAGCUACGCGCGACGAUCGUGAGCGGCGACAAGAACAAGAACAUGGGGAACGACGAGGAGGAGGUGAAGAAGAAGAAGACGACGACGAGGAGUCUGGAGUUCUGGGUCCGUCGUUUCCGAUGGGGAGGGUGAAGAAGAUCGUGAAGCUGGAUCGAGAGAUCAGCAAGGUUACCUCGGAGGCCCUCCUCCUCAUUUCCCUUUCCGCGGACCUCUUCCUCGCAUCUCUCACCGCCGGUGCACGCAUCGAGGCCCUCAAGAAGAAACGCCGAAUCAUCAAGCUCGACCACGUCCGCUCCGCCGCCCGCGCCCACCGGCCCACCUCCCAGUUCCUCCUAGAUUGCCUCCCCAAGCCUCCUCCGCCGGCUUCGAAACCAGCGUCGGGCGCUUCCAAGGCCAGAUCAGCCGAUGAGAAGCCGCUUCCUCCCGGCGCCCGCCGCAUCGAUGAUUUCCUCCGGUCAACCUCGGCGGUUCCUCGCUGACCUCAAUCGGUGAUCUGCCAGUUAACAUCUUGAAUAAGCAACAACAAUCCAGGCCGACUGUGUGGUGUCGGCUGCGAAUGGUGUCAUCGGAGGCGUCACCUCCUCGAUGUGCUGCCGGAUGCGCACGCCCCCACACGGCCAAAGCGUCUGCUUCCAGAUUUGACGUAAAUAGAAUUCACGUCAGGGAUAAGCGUAAAAGAAAAAAAAAUAAAUUUGUCUUAACGAGUGAUGAGUUGCGUGUUUUAGGACUGCUAGUGCCACCUUCAGCUUUUAUAUUAUGAUGGUAGCAGUUAGUAGUUUUUUUUAUAUAAUUUAUUUGCGGUUAAAAUAUUACCUUCGUCUCCAUUUUCUUUUACCGUCGAAGGUAUUGGUUUCUUUUACCCUAACUUGGAUGCAUUCGCUUGGGUUCAAACGUGACCGAAGAAAGACGAAGAAUCCGAGGUGGGCUUGGCUUGGCUUGCCUGAUCCAUCACAUCGUGAUGUGAUGUGUUCCAUACCUCUGAUGUCUAGGAUCCCUUGGAUGUAGCCCUCGCUCACAGGGUCCACGAGACCUCAAGUAUCGAUGAGAGUUCCACUUCACCGGAACAUCGACAACCGGUCAUGAUCGCCAUCAAAGGUUACUGAUUCGUGAAUUUUGACGCGCGCCUCGGUGCGAAAGAUGUGAUCGACGGGUUCCUCCAGGUAUCGGCGGGUAUAGAAA